GUCGCUGUUGAAUUCUUCAGUCUGUAAAUUGCUGAGCUGUCAUUAUGUUGCAGCCGAAACACAUCUCUAGUUUGUUGUUAAUCUUGCUGCUGCUGCUGGAGGCGGAUACAACCUCGAUUAAAUGGCACAGUGCUGGCGCUCCAUUUGGCAAUCCAGCUGCCUGGCUGGACAAUUAUUUGCCCUGUGUCCACGACUUGGUUGUGUUUCCGGGCAAUUAUCCGGCCGUGUUGCCGCUGCCGGCAGAGAUCUCGGUGCAAGGAUUUCAGCUGCCACGAGAUGGAGCCAUGUUCUUGGCAUCAGAUGCUACCAUUAAUCUGGUGACUCCCAAGGAAAGUGGCAGAGGUCUAAAUCCAAACUGCGAAAGCAGUGAGAAACGCGCCUACUUAGGAGCACCGAAGACGAGCAAAUGGUUUGAUCCCAACAGCUGGAGCGUGAACUCAGUAGUAGGGAGCAACAGCGAUAGUGGAAGUGCUCCUUAUAUCCCUGAGCUGGAGCGCGUACCCUGCGAUGAUGAGCUAGUGGUGAUUCCCGCCAACAAUGCUCCAAUCUCUUUUGAUCUGGAGCAUGUUCACACGUUGCGUUUGGGGCAGCUGAUAAUGUCGGGAUCAUCGCUUUCUCGCACUUAUCUGCAGGAGUUGAUGAGUCGCGAAGUCGGUCAGCAUUUGUUUCACAAUGCUGAAGGCGUCCAAGUGGAUUAUUAUCGCGGUGAAGUCUGCGGUUGCCAUAACCAGCCCGAUUUCCUAAUUCAACCCGUCUGCGAGAAUGUCGAGUGUCCGGUACCACAUUGUGAGUCACCCAUUCGACCCUUGGGCUCGUGUUGUUUGCUCUGCGGUGCCCAAUUGAUGGCACCCGUCGCCAAUUGCUUGGAGGAGCAGCGCAAGCAAGUGUUCGACUACUUCAAUGCCGCCAUACUUAAGGAGGAUCGUCAGGAUGAACUGCAGCUGCAUGUGAGCCAUGUCAACAAUCGUCUCCAGGUGAUUCUCUUGGAUCGGGACAGUUACAGUGAACGUAGCACAGCGCUAAUGCAUCGCCUGCAGCUGGAGUCCACCUCGAGUAGGGUGUGGAAAAAGAUGCCGCAGGCCGAAGUGCGUUAUGCGGGUCGUCCCUAUAAUCCCAAUAUUAGCUUCGGCUCCGUCCUGCUCAUACUCUUCUGUGUAGUGCUGGUGGCCAUUGUGACGGUCAUUAUCUUGGCCCACUUUAUGCCCGAGAAUCCGCAUCUGCGACGUAUUCCACAGUGGAUCAAUGAUCCACGUCGCGGCAAUUGGCUCUUAGCUUUGCGCAGGAAUCUGAUAUUUAAUCGAUUUGAUGAGGCAGUUGUUUCUGGCCCUGGCUCUGGUGUGGAGCGUUUGGCAGUGAUUGGCUAUGAUGCCGAGAGUGGUGAGGUGCGGGAACGUUCCUUCAAUAAUCCCAUGUUUGAGCAGGAAGAGGUGGAGGCGGAAGCAACGACUGCCGCAACAACUCCUGCUACAAUCAAACCGGAUAUAGAAGGUGUGGGUGUCUUGUCGCCCAAUGUGGAAACGGGCGAACUGGACAGCUGUAGCGUGGAGGAGCAGGAGCUUACAGAAAUCCAUUUGGAGUCCUCGGAAGCGGAAAGCGAUGAGGAGGCGGAAACCAAAGAAUAAAUAAAUCUAAUGCAUAUUUCAUAUUUAUAUUUCCUUGCUUACGCACACAAUAA